GUUUGUGAUGAUGUUGGCCAUGGGCAACUUGUGACCCUGCUGAUGUCAGGGCAGAAGCUAGAAAAUAUGGAUGUUCCAGAAGUAACAUUCUUAUUUCAAUUCGGUUUGAUUCGUGAUACAGUUACUGCUUCUCCAGGAUCGUUGGGACUUAAAACCUUGAAAGAUCUUGCAGCUGAUUUUAUUAAUAGAAAGUGCCCAGAUCAUGGACUGACCUGUUUAAAUGAGCGGUUACUUCUAUUUCGACAUGAUUAUAACUCUACAAAUAUUUUACAACUUAUAAAUUCGACAGCAGAAAUUGUAGAUGAGACACUAGUAGAGAUAGUUCUUACUGCCCAAGUUCCUGUGGAGGAAGUUCCUGUUCGACCACAUGCUCUUGUGGUGCAUUCAUACAAAGCACCGACAUUUUGUGACUUUUGUGGUGAAAUGCUCUUUGGACUCGUUCGACAAGGAUUGAAAUGUGAAGGUUGUGGCCUGAACUUCCAUAAAAGAUGUGUGGUAAAAAUACCUAACAACUGCUCAACCCAAGGGAAACGCCGUCCUUCCUUCACUCCACCUCAACCCCUGCAAGUGCCCCGCAGCCCAUCUGAUACUGGAUCUACAUCUUCUUUGGCAUCUGCAUCUGACGAAAGUGCUUUGAUUCCAACAAUAAUAGUUACUAACAAGCAGAGUCGUUCUCCCUCACUCGGAGGUCGGUCACCAUGGAUAGAAAAAGAGCUAGCUUCACGAAUUAAGAUUCCCCAUACUUUUGUGUUGCAUUCCUAUACCAGACCUACUGUUUGCCAUUAUUGCCGAAAACUUUUAAAGGGACUCUUCAAACAAGGUUUACAAUGCAAAGACUGUCACUACAACGCCCAUAAAAAAUGUAUUGAUAAGAUUCCUAAAGACUGCACUGGAGAAAGUCCCAAGGAAGCAGGAACUGGAGAGUAUCCUGACAGUGGAGUGGGCAGUGAGCCUGAACGUGAAGGUCUGAGAGAAUCCGGGGAGCACGGUGAGGAAGAUAGUGAUGCAGAAAAUGGUUCUCCCCCUUCUGGUAGGGGCCCUCGCAAGUCAUCUUCCACAGACUCUUCCAUUGCAAAUGGAGCGUAUGAGGAUCUGAUUCAAAUAACAGAUGAAAAUGAUGCCAACAAACGACCAACAAGUUCUUCUCCCAGCAAUAAUAUACCACUAAUGAGAAUUGUGCAAUCUGUGAAGCAUACAAAGCGCCGUGGUUCUAAAGUACUUAAAGAAGGGUGGAUGGUACACUUCACAAAUAAGGAUCGAAUGCGGAAACGGCACUACUGGCGUCUUGAUACAAAAUCCAUUACUCUAUUUCAAAGUGACACUGGUUCUAAAUACUACAAAGAAAUUCCAUUAGCUGAAAUAUUAGCGGUUGAACCUGCAAGAGCUCCACAUGGAGAUAUUAUGCACUGUUUUGAACUACGUACAUCUGCAGUGGACUACUACGUUGGGGAAGAUCCUUUAUAUGGGAGACAAGAGAAUCCUCCUGUUACAAUUCCUCCACCAGACAGUGGAAUUGGUGCACAUCUUGCUAAGACUUGGGAAACAAGCAUUCGACAAGCACUUAUGCCUGUUACUGCUCAUGCAAAGACUGAAGGUGUGGGUGAACCUGAAGAAAGAGUAACAGACAUGAGUCAGCUUUAUCAGAUAUUUCCAGAUGAGGUUCUUGGAUCUGGGCAAUUUGGAAUCGUAUAUGGAGGUGUUCAUCGAAAGUCUGGCCGUGCUGUAGCAAUUAAAGUCAUUGAUAAAUUACGCUUUCCCACCAAACAAGAAGCUCAACUUAAAAAUGAAGUUUCUAUUUUGCAAAACUUAUCACAUCCUGGUGUUGUAAAUCUUGAACGCAUGUUUGAAACAUCAGAACGUAUUUUUGUUGUAAUGGAAAAAUUACGGGGUGAUAUGCUCGAAAUGAUUUUAUCAAGUGAAAGAGGCCGUCUUAGUGAGAGAAUUACUAAAUUUCUGAUCACUCAGAUUCUUGUGGCACUGAAACAUCUACACAGUAAAAAUAUUGUUCAUUGUGACCUAAAACCGGAAAAUGUGUUAUUGAGCUCCGAUUCAGAUUUUCCUCAAGUGAAAUUGUGUGAUUUUGGAUUUGCAAGAAUUAUCGGAGAAAAAUCUUUCAGAAGAUCAGUUGUUGGUACUCCUGCAUAUCUAGCUCCUGAAGUGCUUCGAAACAAAGGAUACAACCGCUCCCUUGAUAUGUGGAGUGUAGGUGUUAUUGUUUAUGUUAGUUUAAGUGGCACUUUCCCAUUCAAUGAAGAUGAAGAUAUCAAUGAGCAAAUUCAAAAUGCUGCGUUCAUGUACCCACCUAAUCCUUGGAAAGAAAUUUCUUCUGAUGCUAUUGAUUUAAUUAAUAACUUACUUCAAGUCAAGCAGAGGAAACGUUUUACUGUGGACAAAUCUCUGGCACAUGUCUGGUUACAGGAUUAUCAGACAUGGUGUGAUUUGCGGGAACUUGAGUCGCAAGUGGGACUUCGCUACCUAACGCAUGAAUCCGACGAUGCUCGAUGGGAAGCAUUCCAACGGGAUCGGCUUUGACCACGUAGAAGAUGGGUUUUUGCUGCAAAAGUUCGCUGGAGACGUUUUGCCAAAGUGUGAGUCUUCUAGGUUUACAAGCAUAUAUUGUAUGCAAAAAAAAGCAUCAUGAAUUGUUUCACAAUUAUUUGUUGAGAUACUAAAAAUGCAGAUGCACCUAUUAUGAAUCAGUUAACUUUUUAGUGUAUUUACUGACUUUUUAAAUUAAUAGGCUUAAUGAAUAUUUGUUAUGCGGCAUGAACCUUAAUAUUUUUUAUAAGUUUCUAUUAUUAAUUACCUUUUUUUUAUAAUUACCUUUUUUUUUUGGUACUUUCGAAACGCUUAUUUUAUGUUUUUUUUUAAAUUUAUUCGUUACUGAAUAAGUAUAGAAUAAUCACAAAGCCUGACCAAAAAAAAUAUUUCACAUGUUUUUAAUUAUUCUAACAGAAUAUUAAUCUGUUCUUUAAAAGAAAAUUAAAUUUUGAAAGGAUUUUGCCUUUCAUGUAAGAUACUGCCAGAAAAUUAUUCUUAAUCUUCCUUCUCUAUAAACGCUAUAUAUGUUGUAUAAUGGAUUUCAAGUGCCAGCAACUAUUAAUGAACUCUUUAACAUUAAUUGCGCUACACAGUUCUUCCAUGGGAGUAAUUUAUGAAUUUUUGACAGGGUAGUAGUGUAAAAUUUCUUUAAGUAUAAAUAAACAGUUAAAUUGACAUGAAAAUUAAUAUUCUUUAUUUGCAUUAUGAAAGAAAUUUCUCUUUAGUUGAAGUGAAAGAGAGUAAUUAAAGGCAACAUGGGAGUGUUUCUUUCUCACAGAAUGCGAUCCAGAGACAUUGAAAGAUAUUUUAUAUGAAUUUAUUAAUGUGUUUUAUGAGUCGAGAGGAAUUUUAAAGAUAUAUAUUUUGAAGUAAUAAUGCUCUGUGUAUGCAUGUGUGUGUGUGUGUGUGUGUGUGUGUGUGAGUAUAUGAAGUGGAUGAGUGUGAGGAUGGAAUAAUUUGAUGUAGAUAUCAACUUCACAACAUCGAUUUGUGUAGAUUGUUACCGGGCUGAUUGUGCUUUCUGAUAUUAAGCAUGCAAUAGUGCUGUGUUUUUUGCUAUCAGACUUAUAAUACUCAUACAAAUUAUGUAUUGAAAACUCUGUGCAUUGUACAGUUCUCAUGUGGAUUAUAUACAAUCCACUGAUAAGGUUUUUUAAAAUAGACUGAUGUAUAAGCACGUUUUCUGGUAGGUUGAGGUUGUACUGUGACUGAAUGGGUUGAGUGUUUGUAGGUUGUAGGUUGAAAGCCAAUCACUUCAUGAUGGCAAUAGCCAUAGCUUUUCAAAAGUUUGUGGUUUUGGUAUUUAACACAUCGCUGUACCUUCAGUAUUUUAGUGAUGAUACAUUGUAGAAUGAAAUGUUAUACAGUAUGUUUUAGAAUAGUCAAUUUGACAUUUUUAUAUAUAUACAUAUAUAUAUAUACAUUAGUAUACAUAUAUUUAAAAAUUAAUAUUGCAACGACAUCAUGAAAAUGUCCAUUUUUUAUAGACAAAUAAGUUUUGUUUUCAUAUUUUCAGUGGCUUUAUGGCAAUGUAGAACAUUCUAUUAGUAUUAAAUUAUAUUUUAAACAUGUACAUUGUCAUGAAAUAUAACCAUGUCUCAGAAUAGAUCUGGAAUAGCCUGCAAACUUGUCUUGCAGUUGUGUUGUUCUUACCCUUAUUGUUUUUACAAUGUGCUAGAGAGAGCCGAUUGAUAGCAGUGAAAACUUAGCACAUUGUUAUCUCUCAAAAUAUAAGAAGUUUCUUUACAUCUGGAUCUGGGUAAUUUUGUGAAAUAACAUAAUUUUAAUAUAUAAUGAGAGAGGUGUGCUUGAGAAACAGAAACACUUUUGGAUGGGACCAGAGAUAGUUAAAAAGGCCUACAUAACAAUAUCUGUUUUUAAAAUUGUGAUUUUAAAAAUAUGGUAGAAGUAUAAAACCUGCAAAUACAAACCACCACCUUCACCUAUUUUUAUUCCUGGUAAUUGAAAAAUAGUCCUUGAAUUUUUUAGAGCAAAUAGCAGGCUAUAUCAUAAGUAAAGCAGAACUAUCCAGCAUUAAAGUUUACUUGCAAUAUCACUUCAAAAUUUAUUUAUUUUAUAUCUUAUGUGUAACAGUGUGUAUGCCUUGCCCUUUGAAAUGUUAUUUUUUUGGUUUUGGUACGCCAUCAUGUAAAAUUAACUUUCUUUCAUUGACUGGCAGAAAUUGUUUUUUUUAAUACGUAGUACAUUGGUGUAAUAUUUUAGAAAUAAUAAUAACAUUAAUGUAGUUAGAAAGUUUUGUGUUAAAUAGUAAGUAAAUAUUCUCGUUUAUAUCAUGUUAUUUACAUGUUUAAAAUAAUUUAAACUAUAAUUCUGUUGUUCAAGGGAUUUUAUUUUAUCAUUCGUUUUUGCUCUUCUUUCCUUUUGAAAUACUGAUGGACUUUUACACAAGAUCUGUAUUUUUAUUUUCACUUCUUGAUAUGUUGUAUGUCAUGUAGGUUCGAUUUGAAGGUCUGAGCACUAGAUAUUCCUGUACCAAAUUUUCAUAAAAAGUAAGAUCUUCUAGCUUACUUGCCAUAUUGAAUAUUACAUUUUGUGCUAGUAUUGUGGUGCUGGUGUAACAAAUGAUACUGUACUAUGGAAACAUUUCUGAUUUACUCUGUGACAAAGAAUGUUUAUUUGAAACCACUGUUAUCUUCUUAUUUCUCAGAAUGAACUCUAGGUUGCUUAGGAAAAUUUAGAGCCAAGCCGUUCAACUAUAAAAAUUAAGUUGAUUUUGCAUUGUGGGCAUUAAUACUGGAUUUUUCUGUUUAAGAAUAGUUUGCAAACAGGGUAUAUUUCCCUUUGGAUGUCUCAGACUUGUCAAAAGACUCUCUGUCACCUGUGUUCUACAGGCAACCAGCAUUGUUUAUCUCGAAACUAUUCCCUCCCAGUUAUUUGUACAGCACAGGAAAUUAUUCUCAAAUAAGUGAUGCAACCAAUAAAGGUUAUGCUAUGCAUUCUUCAAACUUGAUAUUUUUACCAUGUUUCAAACCAUAUAUCAAUCGUAUUAUCUUAUAUCAAUUUUAGAGUAUUUUUAAUUCGCCAUUCAAUGCUUCAAUCUAAAAUAAAUCUCACUUAUAAAGUUUUGUAUGUUUUAUUAUAUGACAAGUUCCAAAUAUUACACCAAUCUAUAAAUUUAUUUAAGAGCUAAAUUUUUCGAAUGAGAUCAUACAAAAUCAAGUAAAUCAACUGACAUGAGAAAUUCUAUCACUAGAAAAAAUUUUGUUCAUAAUCUUAAAACUGUAUGAAGUACAGUUGUCUAAAACUUACUAUUUUUGCUAAUAGAGUUCUGAAGUUAAAAAUGAUUUAUUAUACAUUACCUUUUAGGAUUCAGAAAUAAUAGUUGCUCUAAUGAUUAUAAUUAUUUAUUAGUCAAAUGCCAAAGGUCCUUGCCAAAUAUGUGUUUAAUUGUAGAACACACAAGUAGGCAUCAAUAAAUCUAAUCAUAUUCGUAACUAUUUUUAUGAAAUGUUGACAAAAUUGCAAUUUAUGGUUUCCAAUUUAAUUGCAUUCUAUAAAAUUGUAAUUAAAAUUUUAAACAAUCACAAUGAUUGACAUCAGAGAAGGAACUUAAGUUUUUGACUGAAAAUUCAUCAUGUUCAGUAAUAUUCUUGAAAUUAUGAAUUCAUCUCGAAAAUAUUGAUAUUUUUAAGAGAAGAAUGUGGUAAUCAUUCCAAUUUUGAGUGUAUCUGCUCUUCAGAUGUCUGGUUGUGUCUCUUUUAAGAGCUUUGAUAUCCUUGCUAUGUAUACUAUCUGGAAAUUGAUACAGGGGAAAAUUUGUAGUCAAUUAAAUCUUUCGCUGCACUCUUACUGAAAAUGUAGCUGUAUGUUAAUUUUCUUGCCUAAAUUAAAACUUUGCAUGUUGAUAUCCCUUGACAUGCAAUAGGUAGCCAUUUUCUGCCAAAAUAUUCUGUUUUGGCAGAUUUGCCAAGAUUUCAUCCUGUUCAUCUGCAUAAUUGGUGUCUCCUACUUACUUGAAAGUGAAAUAAUGUUGAACAUUUAUAUGUAAAUUAUUGGUCUAAGCUGAUACAAGAGUUCUUAGUUAGUGUAAAAAAUUAUUGGUGAUAAGUUAGUAUACUUUUGAUUGCUUAUGGCGAACUGUUUUAUUUGUAUGCUUUUAAUUAAGAAAUCACAAAAAAUUAAAAAAAGAAAUAGUAUUCUCUUUUUCUCAUCAUUUUUUCUUUUCCAAAAAUAAAUAAUUUUUCUUGCCUAAUUUUCAUCAUAUUUUCUCAUUUUUCCCCAUCCACUUUUACAUUUCUUAGUUGAUUAUGUUAAGUUGUUUGUGUUAAAUAAUUCACCUAUGUAAUCUGUGUUUAGAUUUUAUAGCAGUUUGUUUUGUUAAAAUAUGCAAUUAUUUAAACUAAUUGAAGAGUUAAUUCUGAAGAAUUUGGAUCUUUGUGAAAGAACUGAACUCUGCAAAAGAACUUUGUUGUGAUUUCUUUGAAGAAAUGGAAGAGGAUUUUUCUAUAAAAGGAUAUUACAAAGAAUUGAAAUUAAAACAUGGAGUGAAUCUCUUUCUUUUGCUCUGGAGUAAGAAAAAAAAUUCAUGAUGUUCAUUCAAAAAAGCAUCCAUGAUGUUCUUUAUUGAAUUAGCUAUCUUUGACAUUGUGAUAUUGAAUUUAGACCAUUUUGGUUUAAAUUGUUUUGUUAUUCUUUUCAAUAAAAUGAAGUAAAUCAAGCCAUGAUCACCCAAAUGGUGAUAAUUUCUUUAGUCAGCUAUGUAGUAAAUUAUUAUUUCAAAAAGCUUUUUAGUUCUUAGUAAAUAAUUUUGCAGAGUUGGUGUUCUCAAAAAUCAGAUUUUUAAACUACAUUUGUACUUAAAAGAAGUUCUAAGGUUGAUAUUUUGUAGGAUUUUGCUUUUUCACUGCCAUAACUAUGUUCAUCUUGUGUGCAUGUCAUGGCAACAUCUACUUUUGCUUUGCUUACAAUAGUAAACCAAGACUGAUGCAAAUCUCACACAUUGAAGCAUGGCAAUGAGAGUAUCAUCUUGAAUGGAUAUAAUUUUGAUUGAAGGGGUAUGUUAGGUAAUCAAGAGUUGGUAGUUGCACUGGAAUGUUAGGAUACAACAGUACAAUGAUCUUAAGAAAUAUUUUUUAUGAUUGUUAAUUUUGGAUUUGUUAUUCUAUCUUGCUUUUCAUCAUACUGAUGAUAAAAUAUAUCCAGUUCACUUACCAAACAAAUAACUUAGUUUUUUGCGUGCUCAGUGAAUGACUUUGAAUAUACUCUGGUGCAAUUUGUACAUUAUUGAUCGCUUUAUAUAGUCAUUCGUUGCUUGAACUUAACAAUUAUUUGUUACCAGUUAGUUUCUUUAGAACAUUUAUUUUUGUUAAGUUGAUCUGUAGUUAUAAGGUAGGGAAAAACAUUAUUUUAUUACAAAAUGCAGCAAAAGGCUGUUGUAUUGAUUUGAGUAUUGCAGAAUAUUAUUUUGAAAAUUUAAUAUUACAGUAUUCUAUCACAAAGUGUUUCAAUAUGAAUGCUGCAUUUUGCUUUGUUGUGGUAGUCCUUUACUCUUCACAUGAAACAUUUUUGGUCUUCCAUGGAAAGAGUUCUAAGUGCAAUUGCCAAUCAGUGGAGCCCCCUGAUGAAUGUUCUUUUUCUGUAAUAAGGCCUAAAUCAAUAUGUUGCUACAGUAUUAUAAUGAAAUGUUAUGUAGCUUUGUAAAUAAGAAAGCUUAAUAUCUUGUUAAUUGUAUGGGAGAGGGAUAAAUC